AUGUUUGUCUCUCCGGGGCUCCUUGCGGUCUUUCUGGCCUUCCUAUCGGUCGUAAAAGGCUGGCAACCUUCUCCAAUAUCUCACGACACUCCACUUUCAUCUCUGAUCGCAUCUGCAAAAACGCAUCUUGCCGGUGGCUCGCCCAGGGACGCUCUGCAGUACUUUGAUGCGGCCAUCUCAAGAGACCCUGCGAACUACCUCGUCCUCUUCCAGAGAGGCGCUGCUCACCUUUCAUUAGGCAAGAACUCUCAGGCUUUAGCCGACUUCGAUCGCGUUCUGCAAUUGAAGCCAGGUUUUGAGAGCGCCCUUCUGCAGCGAUCUCGUCUCAGGGCUAAGUCUGCCGAUUGGGCAGGAGCUUUAGAGGAUCUCGGCGAGGCUGGUAAGGGUUCAUCUUCAGAAUUCAAGGAGCUUCAGGAAGCGCACGACUCUGCGCUGCUUGCACAAGAGGCAGAAAAGCUUGGUUCCUGGGAUGCCUGCGUUAGCCACGCGAACGUAGCCCUCAGCAAAGCAAGCAUGUCUCUGAGCCUUCGACAAACCCGAGCUCAUUGUCGGUUCGAGCGGGGAGAGAUAGAGGAGGGUCUUAGCGACCUCGCACAUAUCUCACAAAUAUCUCCCGGCUCUUUGGAACCCCAUUUGCAGAUUUCAUCGAUGCUAUUCUACUCCCUUGGUGACUAUGAUCGCGGCAUUUCUCAGAUUCGCAAAUGCCUGCAUUCAGACCCCGACUCGAAAAUUUGCAAUCGUCUCUAUCGCAGAGAAAAGAAGCUUCUUAAAAGAAUUCAGACCAUGGAAAGCGCUGCAAUUUCUAGAAAAUUCAACAAUGUUGUCAAUCUGCUGGUGGGAGUCGGUGACGAUAGUGGUUUAAUAUUCGAUGUACAGAACGAUGUAAGGCAGGCAAGGGAAGCUGGAUAUAUCCACCCAGCCGCUCCCAACCGGCUCUAUGCCUCGCUGGUUGAUAAAACCUGUGAGGCCUACCAGGAGACACAGAUUCGUAAACUAGUGGCCUCCUAUUGUUCUCAGGCGCUAGAUCUGAAUCCAUCGUCCUUGGCAGGUCUUCUGUAUAAAGGCCAGGUGGCCAUCGAUGAGGAUCGCUUUGAAGAUGCAAUAAUCGUGCUGAAUGACGCCAAGGAGCAUCAUCCCAAUUCUAAGAAAAUUCAGGACCUGUUACAGAAAGCUCACGUCCUUCAAAAGCGCUCUAGACAAAAGGACUACUAUAAGGUUCUGGGUGUCACGCGUGAUGCCGAUGAGCGUACCAUCAAACGUGCAUAUCGGCAGCUAACAAAACAGCAUCAUCCCGACAAGGUCAUAUCUCGUGGAGUAUCCAAGGAGGAGGCUGAGAAGAAGAUGGCUGCCAUCAAUGAGGCCUACGAAGUCUUAUCAGAUCCUGAACUAAGAGGACGCUAUGACAACGGCGAUGAUCCCAAUGAUCCCGAGUCCCAUAGGGGCAACCCAUUUCAGUCCGGGCCUUUUGGUAGCGGUCAACAAUUCUUUUUUCAACAAGGGGGGCCCCAAUUCAAAUUCUCCGGGCAGGGUUUCAAUUUUCCUGGCGGUGGCUUUCCUUUUCGCUGA